UCGGGCGGCGAGUGACGCCGAGGCUGACGGGUCAUCACGUGACACGGAAGUGACUCCGAACAGGAAGAGGACGAAAAAAAUAACCGUCCGCGACGCCGAGUCGACCGGGACCCGCAGCCACCAUGAACAGCAAAGGCCAAUAUCCAACACAGCCUACCUACCCCGUGCAACCUCCUGGGAAUCCGGUAUAUCCUCAGACCUUGCAUCUUCCUCAGGCUCCACCCUAUACAGAUGCUCCACCUGCGUACUCAGAGCUCUAUCGUCCGAGCUUUGUGCACCCUGGGGCUGCCACAGUCCCCACCAUGUCAGCUGCAUUUCCUGGCGCCUCUCUGUAUCUCCCCAUGGCCCAGUCUGUGGCUGUUGGACCGUUAGGUUCCACCAUCCCCAUGGCUUAUUAUCCCGUUGGUCCCAUCUAUCCACCUGCCUCCACCUCCUGGAUGCCCUCCCAACGCCGCGCAGCUCGCAGUCAUGCAGGGAGCCAACGUCCUCGUAACUCAGCGGAAGGGAAACUUCUUCAUGGGUGGCUCAGAUGGUGGCUACACCAUUUGGUGAGGAAUCAAGGCCACUUCUGUGCCGGGAAAGACAUCACAUACCUUCAGCACUUCUCACAAAGUAACUGCUUUAGUCAUAUUAACCUGAAGUUGCAGUUUAGACACAUGUUGUUGGGGUGUCUUUCUGGUGCCCAAACUCUGAGGCACUUUUCAAAUUUAAUAAGGAACCAUGUGAGGGUAGCAGUACCUCCCUAGAGCAUUUGAGGUAGGGAGGCAUCCAUUCAUGAAACGAAUGUGGAGGCAGCCCCGAGGACCUUCCUUUAGUUCCUCCAGAGUAUACUGUACCAUGCCAGUCUUUGCUUUUAGUAAUACAUCAUCAAAUUAGGUUUGGAGGGAACUUUGAUCUUCCUAAGAAUUAAAGUUGCCAAAUUUUUUUUGAUUGGUCUUUAAUCUCCUUUCAGUCUUUGAUUUAUAUUGUUAAAUGAACACAUUAGUUGUCUGCCUUUUCCUUUCCAUCCGCAGCCCACAUCUCUCCGUCCCUGUCUCCCAUGCCCUUCUGCCAAUCUCCAUUGAAUCAGUGGUGCAGGACAGAAAGCCAGUGAGAAUAAUUUCUCCUCUCCUUGCACUUCUCCCAUUUGUCAUCGAUGGUUUAACUUGUUCACAAGGAUCCUUUGAAGCCCCCUCCCCCCUCCUGUGUCCCAAGCACAGGCCCUAGAUCUGCUUUUGUACCUCUUCAGGCAAAAAUGAAGGGUGCCCUUUGGACCCUCUUGGGCAGUCUCUGCAUACAUGAAUCUAACCCAAAUUUGCUUUGGUGCCAGAAAAACCCAAACUCUGAACAAUGAAUUAUCAGUGUAAAGUGUCCCAUAAAAUAAUUUCUUUAAAAUAUGAUGGGCAAGCUAGAGGAUGCAUUUCAAAAGCUUGACUUUGUAGCCAUUUUAAGGGUAGUUUUCAGAUUAAAAAUUGGUCUUUUUUUUUUGGUCUGAGUGUCUAUUACAGUCACUCCUAAGAAUUUCUAAACUGGGUUAAUAGGGUCACAUUGUGAAUGCCUCACUGUAAAAUGACUUGAGUCCAGUGAAAUCUCAUUAGGGUUAAGACUAUUUCAGGGAUCCUUAAUAUUUUAAUUUUUAUUUUCUGAAAUUGGAUUUUUAUUUUAUAAUUUCAGUUCAUCUAAAUUUUGUGUUUCUGUACAUGUGAUGUUUGACUGUACCAUUGACUGUUAUGGAAGUUCAGCAUCGUAUGUCUCUCUCUACACUGUGGUGCACUUAACUUGUGGAUUUUUUAUACUAAAAAUGUAGAAUAAAGACUAUUUUGAAGAUUUGAAUAAAGUGAUGAAGUUGCAUUACACCUCA